AUGAAUUUUCAGACAAAUGAAAACUACACAGUUAAGUAUGCACAGUUUGGUCAAAGGGACGUUUGUGACUCCAACCCAUGCAAAAAUGGUGGCAUCUGUCUGUCGGGGCUGAAUGAUGACUUCUACUCAUGCGAGUGUCCUGAAGGCGUCACAGACCCCAAUUGCUCUAGUGUUGUGGAGGUUGCCUCAAUUGAAGAGGAACCAACUUCAGCAGGACCCUGCCUUCCUAAUCCAUGUCAUAAUGGUGGGAUAUGUGAAAUUAGCGAAGCGUACCGAGGUGACACAUUCAUAGGAUAUGUUUGUAAAUGUCCAGAGGGAUUCAAUGGGAUUCACUGCCAGCACAAUGUAAACGAAUGUGAAGCUGAACCCUGCAAGAAUGGUGGAAUCUGUACAGAUCUUGUUGCCAACUAUUCCUGUGAAUGUCCAGGUGAAUUUAUGGGAAGAAACUGCCAACAGAGAUGCUCUGGCCCACUAGGCAUAGAAGGAGGAAUUGUGUCAAACCAACAAAUUACUGCGUCAUCCACUCAUCGAGCUCUUUUUGGACUCCAGAAAUGGUAUCCAUACUAUGCACGACUUAAUAAGAAAGGUCUUGUGAAUGCUUGGACUGCCGCAGAAAAUGACAGAUGGCCAUGGAUUCAGAUAAACCUGCAGAAGAAGAUGCGAGUCACCGGAGUUAUAACUCAAGGUGCCAAGAGGAUUGGAAGUCCGGAAUAUGUAAAAUCGUACAAAAUUGCAUACAGUAAUGAUGGGAAGUCGUGGACAAUGUAUAAAGUUAAAGGCACAAAUGAAGAUAUGGUGUUUCGUGGAAAUGUGGACAACAACACCCCGUACGCUAACUCCUUCACCCCUCCAAUUAAGUCGCAGUAUGUACGGCUGUAUCCUCAGGUGUGCAGAAGACACUGCACAUUGAGAAUGGAACUUCUUGGCUGUGAACUGUCAGGUUGCUCUGAACCCCUGGGGAUGAAAUCAGGACAUAUACAGGACUACCAAAUUACUGCCUCCAGUGUUUUCCGAACACUCAACAUGGACAUGUUUGCUUGGGAGCCCAGGAAAGCCCGACUGGACAAGCAAGGCAAAGUUAAUGCCUGGACCUCCGGCCACAAUGACCAGUCACAAUGGUUGCAGGUUGACCUGCUUGUCCCUACAAAAAUCACUGGCAUAAUUACCCAAGGAGCUAAAGAUUUUGGUCACGUCCAAUUUGUGGGGUCUUACAAGCUUGCUUACAGUAAUGAUGGGGAGCACUGGAUCAUAUACCAAGAUGAAAAACAAAAGAAGGAUAAGGUGUUCCAGGGAAAUUUUGACAAUGACACGCACCGUAAGAACGUCAUCGACCCUCCAAUCUACGCCCGGCACGUCCGCAUCCUCCCAUGGUCAUGGUACGGCAGGAUCACCCUGCGGUCGGAGCUGCUGGGCUGUGCAGCGGAGGACUGA